AUGUUCGGCCCUACCCAGUCGAUGCUCAAGGGCAUCGCCGUCGCAGGCGUGCUCCUCGGCGGUAGCGUCCAUGUGGCGCGGGCCGACAACCCCAUCAUCCAGACCCUCUAUUCCACCGACCCGGCACCGUACGUGUGGAACAACACAGUCUGGCUGUUCACGGGCCAUGACGAGAACGGUGCAACGAACUACGAUAUGAGAGACUGGCGACUCUACUCGUCGACAGACAUGGUCAACUGGAGAGACUGGGGCGUCAUGAUGAGCCUCAAGACGUUCAGCUGGGCCAGGGCAGACGCGUGGGCGGGUCAGGUCAUCGAGCGGGACGGCAAGUUCUUCUACUACGUGCCCGUGACGAAGAACAGCGGGGGGUAUGCCAUUGGUAUCGGCGUAAGCGACAAGAUCACGGGGCCGUACAAGGACGCCUUGGGCAGGGAGCUGCUGGCCAACGGAGGCAUCGAUCCGACCGUCUGGAUCGACGAGGACGGCCAGGCGUACAUGUAUUGGGGUCACUCUGGCGCCUACUACGUCAAGCUGAACAAGGAUAUGCUGUCGUACAGUGGCGGCUUGGUCAGCACCUCGGUCGAGAACUUCAUCGAGGGCCCCUGGCUCCACAAGCGCAACAGCACAUGGUACCUCACCUACUCCAGCUUUGGCGGCUCCAACGAGGACAUCAAGUACGCGACAAGCACAAAACCGACCGGGCCCUGGGCCUCCAAGGGCCAGAUCAUGGCGCCGCAGGGCAAGUCGUUCACCAACCACGCCGGCAUCAUCGACUACAAGGGCGGCUCGUACUUUUUCUACCACAACGGCGCGCUCCCCGGCGGGGGCACCUACUCGCGCUCCGUGUGCGUCGAGAAGUUCUCCUACGGCUCGGACGGCAGCAUCCCCAAGAUGGUCAUGACGGACGCGGGCGCGCCGCAGAUCGAAGCGCUGAACCCCUACCAGCAGGUCGAGGCCGAGACCAUCGCCUUCUCGUCCGGCCUGACCACGGCGGCCAAGAGCGACGGGGGCAUCUACGUGACCUCGAUCAGCAACGGCGACUACAUCAAGGUCAAGGGCGUCGACUUUGGCACGGGGGCUGCGUCUGUGGAUCUCCGUUUGGCUGCCGCCUCCGGUGGUGGCAAGAUUGAGCUCCGCGUGGGCAGCCAGUCCGGGACGGUGAUUGCGACGUGCGCUGUGGAUGCCACGGGCGGCGCGCAGACGUGGAAGACGGUCUCGUGUCCUGUUACUGGCGCUUCGGGCAAGCAGGAUCUGUUCUUUAAGUUCUCUGGCAGCAACUACAACUUUGACUGGUGGCAGUUCAAGCACGCUGCAUGA